AUGCCUGGGCUUGGCAAGACCACAUUAGCCAAUAAAGUUUAUAUUGCUGAUUCAGUUAUGUCACAUUUCCAUGUACGUUGCUGGUGUUGUGUCUCUCAAAUGUAUAGCAUGCAUAGUUUGUUAGUUCAGCUUUUGUGUAGUAUUUCUUCUGAGAGUCCUAACAAAUAUCUUAAGAAGAAUGAAAAUGAUUUGGCUGAGAAUCUAAGGCAAGUUUUGCUGAGAAGAAGGUAUCUCCUUGUUUUGGAUGACUUGUGGGACGUUGAGGCAUGGAAUUUGUUGGAAAAGUCAUUGCCGAAUAAUGCCAAUGAAAGUAGGAUUCUCUUCACUAGCAGAUUUCAGAAUUUGUCUUCACAAUUCAAACCCGAUAGCAAGCCUUACCAUCUCUGCCCACUUACUGAUGAAGAGAGUUGGACAUUGCUGCAGAAAAAACUAUUUUUCAAAGAAGGUUGUCCUCCAACACUCAGUGAAGUUGGAUUUCAAAUAGCGAAAACUUGUAGGGGCUUACCCCUCACAGUUGUCCUUGUUGCUGGAAUUCUUGCUACUACUGCACAAGAUAGAUGGGAAGAAGUUGCAAAAUAUCUAAAAUUUAUUAUCCUUGACAAUAAAGACUGCAAGAAGACACUUGAGCUGAGUUACAGUCAUUUACCGGAUUAUUUGAAGCCAUGCCUUCUAUACUUUGCUGCAUUUCAAGAAGAUGAGGUUAUUAACGUGCGAAGGUUGUUAUGGCUUUGGAUCGCUGAAGGAUUGGUGCAACAAGCUAAAGGAAAAAGUUUAGAGGAAUCAGCUUAUGACUACUUGAUGGCUCUAAUUAGUAGAAGUUUAGUUGUGGUUACUAAACAAAGAACUAUGGGUGGUGCCAAAGCCUGCCAACUUCAUGAUUUGGUACACGAUUUGCUCUUGUCUGGACUUGUUGGUCAUUAUUAUCUAACUGAAAAGGAGGAGUUGGGGACUUUGUUACCUAAACUUCUUAGAGUGCUGGAUUUGGGGGGAUAUAAUUGUGUACCAAUGGAAGUGGCAUCGCUUGUUCACUGGAGAUACCUGGUGCUCCAUGGAACAAGAUCCAUCCCAUCUGCGAUAGAGAACCUCUCAAGGUUAGAAACUCUUAUCGUAGAACACCCGUUUGAUCAAAUUGAGCUGCCAAAUACUAUUUGGAACCUUAAGAGAUUGAGUUAUCUAUGUACUACAGAUAGGACUCGUGGUUUCAUAUUUCCAGCUGAAAAUCUUGAAGUAUCCCCAAAUUUAGUUCAUUUAGACACUUUAAACCUUACAAUAAUUGAACCCUUCUCCCAAAGCUUGCAAAAGAUACUAGCAAAGUUACCAACCAUCCGCAGGCUAAAAUGUAGCUGCAAAAGAUCCCAGCCUGCUCGUAGACUCACUUUUGCAACUAGAAGUAGCAAAGAGAUUCUUGAGUUUGACUGUAUGAGACAACUAGAAUCACUUCAUUUGAUUGAAUUAAAGGGAUAUGAAUUUAAAUUCCCGUUGAAUUUGAAGAAGUUGACUUUCAUAUUUAAUUAUCAGCCAUGGAGUGAAAUUUCAACAAUUGGAAAGUUGCCCAAUCUUGAAGUGCUUAAAUUAUGGACUCAAUCCUUUGUCGGAGAAGAAUGGGUUAUGAAGGAAGGGGAGUUCCCUAAACUCCGAGUCUUGGAAUUGUCAAGGUUGGACAUUUGCAACUGGACUGCAUCUUCUAACAAUUUUUCCCAUCUUGAGGAAUUGGUGGUGAUCGAUUGUUGGAAGUUGGAAGAGGUCCCUUCUUGUUUAGGGGAAUGUCAUACUCUUGAAAUGAUGGAGGUGAAAAAGUGUCGCGAGUCUGUUGCAAAGUCAGUAGAGAAAAUUCAGGAAGAACAGAUGGAUGGUGGAAAUGAGCUUCUAAAGAUCAUAAUUAAAAAUUGUGAUUAUACAAAUUGCUCAGAAGCAGAGGGGAUUUGCUCAGAAAGAGGGUCUAUUUCGUCUCACUAUACUUGA